AUGUCGGAAUAUAUUAACAAUUGUUUUUGUUGUGGACAUUAUUUAGUGCCACGAUAUAAACGAUUAGUCAAUAAUAUAUUUCCACAAAAUCCUGAACAUGGUCUCGAUAAAAAUAAUCUUGAACGAUUACGUUUUUAUGCACUUGUUAAACCAGAAAAACUUGAUAAAUCAUUUCGAUAUAUGUCUCAAAAAAUAGCACGUUAUUUACGUCAUCGAAAUAGACCAUAUGUUAUACUUGGUAUUAAAGCAAUGGAUGAUACAAUGAAAUCAUGUUAUGAACAAUUGAAUACAUUUGUUGAUGAUUAUUUAGAAACAUUACGUCUUAUACUUAACGAAGGAAAUGAUUUAGAAUUAAUUGAACAUGUUGUUGCUUCUUUUGAAUCAUUUUGUGAAAUUCGUGAAGAAGCACCAAAUUAUCAAAGAAAUUAUCAAUUUUUUGUUAGUCGUUUUACACAACUUUGUUAUAAUAAUGAUGAAGUAAAUAAAACAAAAUUUCGAUGUCUUGGUCUUCGUGGACAUCAUGCACUUUUUCGAAAAACAGCCAAUGAUGAAUUACAAAAUGAUGCUUGGAAACAUAUGGAUCAAAUAGUACCAUCUAUUAUAUUUAAUAUGAAAAACGGAGAACAAAUUCAAUCACAACGAUCAACGUAUUUGAUAUUUUAA